AUGCCCAUACGAGUCAAGUCGCGGCCGCUGCCGCUGCCGCUGGCGGAUGCCGACAGCGGGCUGCGAUCACCGUCUCCCUUUUUGGGCGACGGUCUUCGAUCUGGCGGCCGGCUGCCGGACGACAUGCCUGACAUAGGCUUGGAGGACAGUUUCCGUGUUGUCAUCAAGAAACUGUCUCUCUACAUCGCCGACGCGGUCGUUCUGCCGUGCACCUUUGAGCAGCUGCGCACCACCUCGGCCGGGGACCGUCUCCGCACCCUCGUCACGCACCUCAGCAUCACGUGCGACAACCCGGCCAUUGUCAACGCCCUGCUGGCCCUCAAGUGGCACUACGGUGCGGCCGGUGGCGACCGCAGUUUGUGUGAGGCCCGCGCCAACGCCUGCGAGAUUGUCGCCUGGCGGUUCUUGACACACCUAAGCGAGCGCGAGGCCGUGGAUUUCUGCCUGUACGAGAUUCCAGGCACCAGCAAGGCGCCUUGUGGAGUUGCCGCUGCGUCUGCGGCCGCCAUUGGGGGUCAGGCCCCGAGUGGCAACGGCGAUGAAGAGGUUGGCAGCCAUGGCAGUCUGCCGCGGGUCAGCGGCGCCAUCGACGAGUCGUCGCCGCUGCUCAGCCGGAUCUGGACGUCAGCCACGUCGGACCCCGACCGGGCGGCGAAACGGCGUUCUCGUCCUCGUGCUGGCAACCAGCGGUAUCAACUGUUGCAGUCCAUCUCCCGGCUCACCAUGUCGAUGCAUCACGAUCACCGUGAUCGCUCAGACUCGGACUGCGACAGCGAGGAUGGCGAAGACGGCGAGCAUCGUCACCAUCACGGUGGUGAUGGUGACGACUGUGAUGACGAUGAGGAGGACCCGACGGCGCCCUUUGUUAAUCUCAACGCCCUCGAGAUCGCUGCCGUCGCCGACGCCAAGCGUUUCCUCAGCCAAAACGUGGUUCAGAAGAUUAUUACGGGCAUCUGGAACGGCGACAUUGUCUUCUGGGACCGCCUGGAAGUGGAUGCCGUCAAGAAGCCCCGUUUCUACAACUCGCACACCGCCGAUCCGUUUGCCCGGCUGCGCGUGCCCAAGUACCUCAAGAUCUUCGAGGCCAUGUGCUUCUUGGCGUUCCUGGCCAUCUUCUACCUGACCCUGCUGGAGCGCAAUCCCUUCAAGGUCGGCCCCGCCGAAGUGCUCUUCUAUUUCUUCCUGGCCGCCUUUGCCUAUGACGAGCUAAGCGAGUGGAUCGAUGCCGGCUCGCUGUUCUAUGUCUACGACUUUUGGAAUGUCUUUGACCUCAUCAUGAUCUGCAUCGGUUUCCUUUUUGUUGUUUUACGCACCAUCGGUCUAUCACGUAACAGCGAGUACCUCAUCGACCUGUCGUUUGACAUUCUCUCGCUUGAGGCACUCUUCAUGGUCCCGCGCAUCAGCUCGAUCCUCAGUCUGAGCCCCUACUGGGGUACCCUCAUCCCCUGCUUCAAGGAGAUGACCAAGGACUUUGUCAAGUUCAUGGUCCUCGUUGUCAUCAUCUACCUCGGCUUUCUGACCACCUUCUCGCUCCUCGGCCGCGCCCUCUUCACGCUGCCGCACAUGACCAUGGUUCUCACCAAGAUUUUCUUUGGGUCCAGCUACGUCGGCUUCGACAUCAUGGACGACAUCGAUCCCGUCUUUGGUCCGCCGCUCAUGCUCGUCUUCGUGACUCUCAGCUCCAUUCUGCUCAUGGGCUCCCUCACGGGUAUGCUGAGCAACAGCUUCAGCCGCGUCAUGGGCCACGCUCGCGAGGAGUAUCUGUACGUGUACUCUAUCUACGUCCUCGAGGCCUCCACCAGCAACCGUCUCACCCACUUUUAUCCGCCCUUCAACCUCAUCGCCCUCAUCAUCUUCCGGCCGCUGCGUCUUUUCUUGCCGUCCGACCACAAGUUCCGCGCCGCCCGUAUCGCCCUCCUCAAGGUCACGCAUCUGCCCAUUGUCGGCACCAUCCAGCUCUAUGAGCUCGUUCGCGGCAAGAUCCAGGACGCCAGCGACGAGUACUCUGCCAUCCAUGGUCCACCGGGUCGCCAACAAACACCUGCCUACUUUGGAACCAGCACACACCAAGGCGGUGGCAGUGGUGCUGCGUCAGGUAGGAUUGAUGCCAGGUCGUCGUCGGUUACCGCGGGCGCAUUGGUGACUCCUAAGAAGACGCUUGUUCGCCCGCCGCUCGGCCAGCGGCCGUCGUCGUCGUCGUUCCGCCACCAGCAACAACGACAACAGGACAUUGGGUCACCUGCACGACCUCUGAGCACAUCCGAAUACGCGCCGCAUCUCGCGCAGUCUUGUGAGGGUUUGGUGACGGCGGGUGCAGCAGCAGCGACCGCUGACGAAGACACUGCGAUCGAUGUGCCGACGGACGUGGAGGUCCGCAUCGCCGAACUGUCGAGCAAGAUUGACAAGCUGACGGAACUGGUUCUGCAGAUGCAGAUGGCGCAGAACAACAGCGCAAAGUAG